AUGGAGUUUGUGGGACAACCGAGUUCUUCUGGGGCUCUUAACCUCUUAGGAGUCCCGGGCCUCAGCUCCUUGGAUGUGGACGAUGAUGAAGGCGACGUGGUCAUCGGCAUCAGGCCUAAAUCUUCUCCUCUACCGCGGCGAAAGGGCUCUGCCACUGAUGAGGACUCGGAGUUUGAACCUCCCCUGUGUGGCUCCAGGAGAGUGUCCUUUGCAGACGCCAAAGGCCUCAGUUUGGUGCAAGUGAAGGAGUUUGGCACAUGGGAUGUACCCAAAUUGCCAGGAUGUGAGUCCUCUGAGGGUGAAGGUACAGAUGCAGAGGAAUUUUUCCUCUCAACUUUUACUUUUUCUCUUCCGCGAUCAACUCAGGAGCUGUAUGCCAAAGUUCGGGAGCAGAAAGUAGAGUUGGAAACAGUCGAGUUACUUCCAGGGACCACAAUACUAAAAGGAAUUGUCCGUGUCCUCAAUAUUUCCUUCAAUAAGGCGGUAUACGUCCGAACUACCUUGGACACCUGGUCGAGCCACUUUGACCUCCUGGCCGAGUACAUUCCUGGGUCCAGUGAUGGCCUGAUGGACUGUUUCUCCUUUAAGCUCACCUUAGUUCCUCCAUUUGGAGAGCAGGGAGCCAGAGUUGACUUUUGUCUGCGUUAUGAGACUCCUCUGGGGACAUUCUGGGCCAACAAUGACAACAGGAACUAUGUGCUCUUUUGUCAUCAUAAAAUGAAAAAGGAGAAAGUGAAACCACAGAAGGAGAAUGUGAAAAAGAAAAGCUGCCUUAAGACAGUCAGUCAGAACUUCUCCACUGUGGAAAACAUUUCAGCAAAGGAAGCUUCAUCACAGGAAAAUAUUUCAGCAGAUGUGUCCAACAAUGGAAGAGAGGUGGACUCGAUGAAAGCCGACAAAACCUUUGAUGGUCAAUCAGGGACAUCAGAGGAACAUAGACAGAAAUUACUGAUCGAGAACAGACAGAACAUCAGUCGAAGAAGUCGCAGGAAAGCUGCGCGGAUGGCUCGAGUCAAGGACUUCUUUGCUCAAAGAGAUGGAGGAGCGAGUGACACUGAAAGAGACGAGUCACCUCCAGAAAUAAAACAGGCAGCUCAAAAAGAAACCCCAGAGGAAAAACACACAGAUGUGAAGUCCUUUUCUGAUGGGAACAGCAAUUCUGAAGGUUCUCAGUUUGUUUCUGAAUCUCUGGAAACGUGCAACGAACCCCACCUCAACGUUCUACAUGAUACGUCACCAGCACAUGACAGCAUGUCUAACACUGAGUCAGAGAAAUCUGAGAGCAUCCCUUUGGAUGACUCAGCAGCAUUAAAAGUAGGUGAGAGUGUCACAGAUAUCCCAGUCGACCCAUUGCCUUCAACUGAUGAGCCUGGUCCUGCAGAACAGCAAAAUAUCAAUGACUUUGACAUGAAAGCUGAGGAAAGCAGUCCGAAUGAAAACGUGAGCUAUGAAUCUACUAACGACACGGCAGCAGUGAACAGUGAAAGCCUUGUUAACCAGACGAACAGCUUCACAUUUGGAACUGUGGUGGCUCCGCUGUAUCGCCAGGUGUUUGGCAGAGCGGGAAGUGAAAGUCAGAGCAUAGGUGACUGGGGAAAUCCUACACGGGCUUCUCUGAAUACUGCAAGCCUAAAUGCUGACACUAAAAUAAGACAGAUUAGCUGUAUCGACUUAACAGAUGCUACAAGUAAUGGUUACAAAGUUCAAAUAAAUGUGACUAACAAUCAGGACUCAAACCAUGAAUGCGUAAAUGCCACACUAAUUUGUCCUCCUACUGAAGAGCAAGAGACAAGUUUGACAGUAAAUGACGUCCUGGACUGUGCAGAAACUACACAGGAUCCAGCUGGGAUUGAAAAUUCAGACCAGAGAAGCACAGAUACAUCACCAGAUCCAGCACCUGUUUUAGGAGACACAUUAGGACAUCCUGAGACUGUAAACAUGUUAAAUAAAGAUUUGUUGAAUCCGCAAAUACACACUGAGGGUUUAGAUCUCCAGGGAGAAGAACAGGAAGACAAACGAACCCCUGACCUCCAAAGCCAAACCACAGCAGAGACGCUACAGUGUCAACCGUCAGAACCCACAUGCACACAAAUUGAAACUAAUCUUGAUGAAACACUUGCACAAAGUGAAACACAAGAAGCCAGGAUCAGCCUGCAGUCAUCGUUUAUAUCACUUCAACCGUCUCAGAGUGAACACGUUGUUGAAGAGACAGACCAACAGACCAGCAAUAGAGGAGAAGAAGAGUAUGUGGAGUCAAAGAGAGACCACACCAAAAGCAAAACUGUGACUAUACUAAAAACUGGCACAUCUCUAAAAGAGGACAAACUAUUUGAAGUGUUACAUGAUUUGAAUUCAAACCACACUGACAAUUUGGUUACAGAAGAACCUGAGGAUCAUGUUGUUUUUCCUUGUUGUGAACUGGAGGAAACUGACUUCACACCACUGGAGACAUCUCUGGAAACUCAGGAGGAAGCUACUGACAUGGAGAAAGCUAAGAAAGUGAAGUACAGCUCACAUAAAGACGAAACAAAACAGCCCAGUGACAUUAAGGUAACUGGUGAGGUAGCUGAAUCCAUGACAAAAGUAAUGAUAAGUGAGCAUCAUAGAGAUGGUGACAUGUUUGUGGGGCUCAAAGAUGAAGGCUCUUUGGACAACAUAGAGCAUUGUGAAGCAAGAGCUGCUAUGUCAAAACAAGAUGAAGGCUUCUGUCUGGCAGACGUUACCGAGGCGAAAAACUGGGAAAUGAUGGUCGAAGAGGAGGAAAAUAGCAUUUUAACAAAUGACGAGGAGUAUGAAGGAAUUCAUUCAAAAACAGAGAGCGCUGAAGUAAACGAGAGAGACACUACAGAGGAGAAAAAAGAGGAAUUGUUGGAGGAGAUGAUAGUUGCUGGAGUGAAAGACAACAAUGCUGACAAUACUGUGGGGUUAGAGGACAAAGAGUGGAUUAAAGAAGAAGACAUUGGAGAGACUGUGACUGACUUAGAAUAUGUUCGAGUCACAGAGAUGGAAAAGACAUUUAGAGAGGAAAAACUAGCUGACGUGGAAAGAACAGAGGGACCAAAGAAAGAGAAACAUUUUGCAGAGAUGCCUGAGGUCAAUAUCGAAAGUGCAAAUGUGCAAGAGGAAAAAGAGAUAGAGGGGAAGGAAAAAAUUCCAACACACUUGAUCAUUGAAGGUGAAGCCGGUGUGGAGUGGGAGGGUGAGGUGAAAACAAAGGAGGAAAACAGAGAGGAGGAAGAGGGCCCAGAUUCCCAGGAGGAAAUUCUAGUUGAUCAAGCAGGAGAGGCGGAGAUUGAAGAUGCAGAGUCAAGCAUGGUCAUAAAAGACAGAGAAGAUGAAGUGUUGUGGUCAGAGGAAAGGUCUGACGUUACACAUAACGAGGCUGACGAGGAUUUAUCUGCUCUGGUGAACAAUGCACAGGAGGGUGUCAGUGAGAGAGUAAUCGACAAAGAAAAUACAGGAGAAGGGCAAAAUGCACACAUCCCCACUGAAACCUGUCUUUGCAAGGAGGACGGUUUUCAAAACAACAAGAGUGUCACACAUGACCGAUCAAAAGCUGAGGAGGAAUGCUUCACUGCAGAAGCAGCCAUGUGCAUUUUAACAGAUGACCCUGAAAUCGACCAAACGAGUCACGACAACGCUUCAUCAGAGUCAGACUCAGACGACGAGGUGGAGCUGUACAUGCACUGUCUCAGGGCUGUUCACACAGGAGCACAGGCCCAUAAAGACCGUAACAAAGAUGCAGGUUUUACUGUGAGCAAAAGGCCUUCUAUAAGCAGAAGCAAACUGCUGUCCAUGCCGUCCAUCAGUGAAUCUCUGGAUGAAGAACAACCCCUCAGCCGCCUUCAGGAGAAUCCUGACGACGGGAAGACAGCUGCCUUCGCAGCUCUGUCAGCAUCCGGUGGACAGGAAAGCAUCAACAGAAAUGUUUCGUGGUGGAAAGAUACUUUUUCCUGCAGCAAUAUCUCAAAAACAUUGUUAUACACCACCUUGUUAGUGCUAUUUUUAGUUGUGGCAUACCAUUAUGAUUUUCUUGCCUGUUUUGGCCUCUACUUGAUAUCUGUGGUUUGGCUCUACUGUCAAGGAGAGCGACAACCAGUUAAAAACAACAACAGAAUAGGCUGAAGUAAAUAGAAAAACCUGUUUCAACAGUGAUGAUGUCGGGGUAGAAGAUGUAGAAGGUAGAUUAGUUUUUAUUUCUACAUGCAGUUAUCACAUUUGAUAUUUUCCGUUUUAGUAAUGAUAGAAAACUUAACAAGAUCAUACAACAGUAAAUAAAUAUGGGCAUUCAUUUUGACACAUAUCAGUAUACUUCUGUAUAUUCCCUAUGGGAGGAUGGUAACUCUUUGUUGUCAAGAGUAUGAACCAAUUUUUCUUUAUGCUUUCCUGUAUAUAAAACUUGUCACCUCAGUCAACAGGUUGUGGAACAUUGCUCACACUGAUCAGCUCUGCAGAGCACUAAUGCUUUAUGAGGUGUAAAUAACACUUACCAGUGUGCUGUGUGUAUGUCUGCAACCAUAGUAUUUGUGUAUGGCACAUUUAGUUUUCAUAACAAUAAAAAUAAUAAAUUAUACAACUGAAAAAUAA